AUGGCAGAUCUUUCACCAGACCCGCCGUCAAUCCUUUUUGAGGGAUUGUCAUUAGGAGACGGUCAGACUUCUCCCCAAUACGGCAGCAGCCACUCAGCAGCUCCCGGGCAGCUGCGAAGGAAAGUUGACCUGUCAUUUUCCUCUCCGCGCUCCGGUUCUUCCUCCUCGCCUGAAAGUGAAGGCGUUUUCGUCUUUGGCCAGUCGUCUCAGAACCGAAGCAUCACGUCGAAUGCUGUAUUUCAAUUCGGUGGCCGUGAUCAAAAUGUCGCAUCUACGGAUAGAGACGCUCGAGCAGAGUCAUUCUCGUUUGGUACACUCCAUAACAUGACACCGUUGCCAUCACCUUCGCCUUCUCGAGCAGCAACGCCACAGCAAUCACCUCCUGCAUAUGUCACUGCAUCUCCAGCAAAGAUCGCUCAUGCAGCAAGUGAAAAUGGUACCAAGGCACCUGCAUUCUCAUUUUUAUCCCCACCUAGUUCAGACAGUAGACGUCAGUCUUCAUCAUUGCUCUCAUCAACCCCUUCAACUCCCAGCCAGCCCGGUGUAGACAAGCCGGAAUCAGGUGGUAUAGCGUCUCCAACUCCGGAGCCGUCUGUUCCCAUCACUCCCUAUGACGCUAGAGCGGAAUCCGCACCUCCCCAUGCCCUGUUUACGGCCACUUUCCAAGACGUAUUGAAACAAGCCUCCGAUAUAGCGCAGAAGGCUGUGAGGUCUAUUGAAAAAAUGCAAACCGAUGCUCCAAAGGACGAAGGCUCAGAGAUUGAUAAGUUCCUGAGCGAUGCAAAGAGAUUGCAACGCUUCCAGGGCACUGACACGCGCACAAUCGCCGUUCUAGGAGACUCAGGAGAAGGGGUCGCUCAAACGGGCGAUAUUGGGUCCGCCUGCACCUCAGUUGUUACUGAGUAUCGACAGAAGAAAGCAGAACAUAUUACUCCCAUCACCAUUGAUGUCGAGUAUCUCUCAGCGUUAGAAAUUCGGGAGCUUAUCAAAGAGCUUCUAUGGAGCUAUAGGCAGCUAUUCCUCCCAGGCGUGGAAUCUAAUGAAGUCUCGGAACAGGAUUACAACCGCUAUAUGAGACAAUCCGAACAAGCAUGGUCUGCGCUGCACGCAGCGUUCAAACACAAGAAACAGUUCACGCAGAGUUUUGCCCAGGACAUGUCAGAUGGGGCUCUGGAACGGAUCACAGAUCAGUUGAUCGAGUGGACACGAGAAAUUGAGUGGCCAACGGGUGGUGUAGACGGCUUUUGGACAUCAACGGCACAGACUUCUGAGGAAUGUGUUGAGAAGACAAAGUUCUUCAUGCAAGACAAAUUCUGGCCGUUCACUAAGAUUAUCCGCCUCAUUCAAGGGCUCCAGGACACGAACCUAGCAAGAGUUGGAGCAACUCAAGAUUAUCUCAUCAAAUGUGACAACAUUCUCAUUGUUGCCAAGAUAUCCCGUGCCAUUACCGACCAAUCUCUCAAGUCUUCACUAUUCUAUGUACUUUCUCGUCACAUGCCAAUGGAAUGGGAACAAUCCGGUACACAACGAUUGAACGUUUCAGUUGUGUGUACCAAGUCAGAGCGAAACCUUCAAAGCGUCUACUCGUCUGAGAUGAAUGGCAGGACUCUGGAUGUAUUCUGCGUGUCCAACAAGUGGUACGAGAAGUAUUGCCCAAAGGGAAACGCUCAAUUUGUGGAAGCCAGCGGGAUCCCAGAUCUUCGUCGCUUUUGUCACAGUGUGACUGCUGAUGCCCAGUUUAGUGAAGCAAAACAUUUCUUGAGUUCCAGGUUGUCGGCGCUUCUCAAUACACUGGACUUAUGGGCCUGUAGCUCACUUCAAAAGCAAGAUGAGAUUGAACAGCCAGAUGACUCUGUAUACACAAGAGUCACCGAGCUUAUAGAUCAGAUGUCUGAUGUUGUCGAUACCUUCAAACAGGACUUUACUACAUGCUUUCAGGAGCAGAUAAUGACGUUCUUCACUCAAUACAACGCAUGGUGUCUCAACAAUGGAGUUCAUCAGACCUUGAAGCGAGGGCACGAGAACUGGAAUGCCAAGAUUAUAUGGAAAAUGCGAAUGGAACUUGAAGGUCAAUGGGACCUUGUCGAAGAAGAAGUGUCCGAUGUCUUCGCUGCUCUGCUCGACGGUGUCAAGAGUCGGCUGGAGUCUUUUAAAUCUAGUUUGUAUGAUUCACUCCCGCAGUUCCGCGUUGAGCCUAUCGUCGAAAGUGUUACUGUCCAGAUUGGAAACCUCGAGUACCGGAUGAACAGAGAAAAGAGACAGUUCUCUGCCGAAGUAAGGUAG